AUGUUGGUUGGAACACCUAACCCUGCUGAACUGCUGGCAAUUUCGGGGCAAAGUAGACUUCAUUUACGUUUACGAGAAAUGCUUGGGAAAAACAAAUCUUCAUACAGCCCUCCUGGGCUUCAGAAACAGAUUGAUUCGAUUAUCGAUUAUGGCGAAACCGCUUAUCCCGAUUUUCCGGGAAGUCUGGAAGAGGAGGCUGCAGUUUUCCGUAAACAUGGUCUACCUUUGCUCGUUUGGCCUUCCGGCGCUACAGCAGAAGAACUCCAGGAGGUUCGUCAUUUCCCUUACAACACACGAAAUUACUAG